AUGUUUGGCAUCAAAGAUUUCAUUGGAAAGCCUGCUCCACCUAAUUACGUUGCAGGUUUGGGCCGUGGUGCAACCGGUUUUACUACUCGCUCUGAUAUUGGUCCUGCAAGAGAAUCAGCAGCAGAUGCAGAUCCCUCCAAAGUAGCACCCAAAGAAGGAGAAGAGGAUGAUGAAAGAUACCAAGAUCCAGACAAUGAAGUUGGCCUGUUCUCAACUGCACCCUAUGAAGAAGACGACGAGGAAGCAGAUCGUGUGUGGGAUAUGAUUGACGCAAAGAUGGACGAACGUCGCAAAGCUCGCAGAGAAGCCCGUGAGCGAGAGGAAUUGGCUAAAUAUCGACUCGAAAGACCCAAAAUUUCCCAGCAGUUUGCAGAUCUCAAGCGUCAAUUAACGUCAAUUGAUGAUGCCGAAUGGGCUGCCAUCCCCGAAGUAGGUGAUUUGGUUGGUAAAAACCGCAAACGCAAUAAAGCACCAGAGAGAUUCACGCCUAUGCCUGAUACAAUUAUUGCCGCUGCAAGAGACAAAUCUGGAUAUGAGAAUGCGCUGGAUGCGACUGAACAGAAAUUGGGUGGUAUUGUGUCUGCUGCCGCUGCAGGCUUGACAGGUGGCGAUGAAAUGAUGACCAAUUUCAGAGAGAUUGGCCAGGCAAGAGACAAGGUGUUGGGCCUCAAGCUAGAUCAGGUCUCCUCUGACUCUGUGUCAGGUAAAACCACCAUUGAUCCCAAGGGCUAUUUGACAGAUUUGAACAGCGUGGUGGUGAAGAGUGAUGCUGAAAUUGGCGACAUCAAGAAAGCCCGUCUGUUGCUCAAUUCCGUCAUCACAACAAACCCCAAACACGCACCUGGCUGGAUUGCUGCUGCUCGUUUAGAAGAAGUUGCUGGCAGACCUGUGCACGCUAGAAACACCAUUGCGAAGGGUUGCGAACAAUGUCCCAAGAAUGAAGACAUUUGGCUCGAAGCGGCUCGUUUAAACAAUGUCGAUAAUGCAAAAAUCAUUUUGGGUGAUGCCGUUCGUCAUUUGCCUCAAUCUGUCAAGAUCUGGCUCAAGGCUGUGUCUUUGGAGACGGACAACAAGGCCAAAAAGAAGGUCCUGCGUCGUGCUCUAGAAUUCAUCCCCAAUUCUGUUAAGCUGUGGCGUGCUGCCAUCAACAUGGAAGAAAACCCGGACGAUGCCAAGGUGCUCUUGUCUCGUGCUGUUGAGCUGGUGCCUCUCAGUGUGGAUUUAUGGCUCGCUCUUGCUCGUUUGGAAACUUAUGAAAACGCUCAAAAGGUGCUCAACAAAGCUCGUGCUGCCAUUCCUACUAGUCAUGAAAUCUGGAUUGCUGCUGCUCGUCUGCAAGAGGAACAUGGAAAGCCAGAAAUGGUUGAUCGUAUCAUUACACUUGCUGCAAAGGCCCUGUCGCAAUCUGGCGUGCUCUUGGACCGUGAGCAAUGGAUUGAAGAAGCAGAAAAGUGCGAAAAAAACGGAUCUGUGCUUACAUGUCAAGCUAUUGUCAGAGCUACCAUUGGUAUGGGUAUUGAAGAAGAAGACAGAAAAUCAACGUGGAUGGAAGAUGCCGAGAGCUGUAUUGCUCAUGGUGCUAUUCAGACUGCUCGUGCCAUCUACGCACAUGCUCUUAAAGAGUUCCCUGGUAAGCCCUCCAUCUGGCAACAAGCUGCUUAUCUGGAAAAGAGCCAUGGCACACCACAAAGUCUGGAAGAGCUGUUACAACGUGCUGUCAAGUACUGUCCUCAAGCCGAAGUGCUCUGGCUCAUGGGCGCCAAAGAAAAGUGGCUGGCUGGGGAUGUUGAAAGCGCACGUACCAUUUUGGAGGAGGCUUUCAGAGCCAACCCCAACAGUGAACAGAUUUGGCUGGCGGCUGUCAAGGUGGAAAGCGAGAACGAUGAAUACGACCGUGCACGAAAGCUGCUGGAAUUGGCUAGAAGCGAGUCAGGCACAGAACGUGUGUGGAUGAAGUCUGUCAUGCUGGAGCGACAAAUGAAGAACUACGACCAGUGCAAUGCCUUGUUGGAUGUUGCGCUAGAAAAGUUUCCUACCUUUGACAAAUUGUGGAUGAUCAAAGGACAGAUUGAAGAGUCUCAGGGCAAUCUGCCUAGAGCGCGCGAAGUGUACAACAAGGCUGUCAAGAGCUGUCCCAAGAGUGUCACCCUGUGGAUCUUAUUAGCACUGUUAGAGGAGAAGUUGGGCAUGGUGACAAAGGCACGUGCCACACUGGAAAAGGGUCGUUUCGUCAAUCCCAAGACACCUGAGCUUUGGGUGGAAGCUAUUCGCAUUGAAAGGAGAAAUAAUAACGUAGCAGUCGCCAAAUCAUUAGCAGCCAAAGCUCUGCAGGAAUGCCCAUCAUCAGGCGCUAUUUGGACAGAAGUGAUCUUUAUGGAAGCCAGACCUCAAAGAAAGGCUCGUAGUGUGGAUGCUCUCAAGAAAUGUGAGCACGACCCCAUUGUGGUGACGGCAGUAGCAAGAUUGUUUUGGACAGAUCGCAAGAUUGAAAAGGCCAGAAACUGGUUCCAAAAGGCCAUUCAAAUCGACCCAGAUCAAGGUGAUUCGUUUGCUUGGUGGUAUAAAUUCGAGCUGCAGCAUGGCACAAAAGAACAGCAGGAGACAGUCAUCAAGCGAUGUGUGGUGGCUGAACCUCGUCAUGGUGAACAUUGGCAAGCUGUGGCUAAGGAUGUCGCCAAUGUUGGUAUCAAGACGGAAGAGAUUUUAAGGAAAUGCGCAGAUCAAUUAGAACUAGUCAAAUAA